AUGUCAGCGGGCAACUGCCCAAGCGGAAGCUACUGCGGCCAGCAGGGUCGCUGUACUCCACUCCUGGACGUAAACGCGCCAUGCUGGAACGAGGUCCAGUGUCUGCACCACGUGUGCCGCGGAAAUGUCUGCAAAAUGGACGCGUGUCCGCAGCUGAACUCGGACCAGGACUGCCCAGCCGGCCAGUUCUGCUCGUCCAGCCAGCGCGGCAACAUCUGCGUCAACCGUCGCGCCGACGGCGAGGCUUGCUCGAGCGACGCACAGUGCCAGUCGUACCGCUGUGACGGACGUCGCUGCAGGAGAGACACCUGCAGGACCCUCCUCUCAAGAGACGGCUGUCCCGACGGCCACAUCUGCCAGCAGGGGCAGCACGGAAACCUCUGCGUCCCGCUACUGGCCCGCGGCGCCUCCUGCAGCUCGGACCGCAACUGUCGCUCCGACUCUUGCCGCGCGGGACGCUGCUACGAGGACCUCUGUCCGACACCUCUCGACACCGCUGGCUGCGACUUUUCUCUCCUCUGCGUCCAUACUCUCAUCGGUAAUGAAUGCAUGACGAAGCUCACCAUCGGUGCCGACUGUACGGCGAAUCUCCAAUGUCUCAGCAACUUCUGUGACAACAACCAAUGUCGUCGACCACUUGCUAAGAAUGGCGACAGCUGCAGAUUUGACAACGACUGCUUCAGUAGAAACUGCUUCAAGGGUAUCUGUCGUCCAUCGCUUGCAUCGAACGGCGAAAGGUGUCAGUUCGACGAUGACUGUCUCAGUGGAAACUGUUUCAGAGGAACGUGUCGCCCACAGGGAACAGGCACCGAAAUCUGCCAGACUAACAGAGACUGCCUUAGCGGAAUCUGCAUCAAGAGCAUCUGUAGUACACCCGGCACUGGCACCGAAGUCUGUCGGUUUAAUAGCGACUGUCCUAGCGGAAUCUGCAUCAACGGCAUCUGUAGUCCACCGGACACGGGCACCGAAGUCUGUCGGACUAACAUUGACUGUCUUAGCGGCAACUGCAUUAACGGCAUCUGUGGUCCAUCGCUUAUACCGAACGGUGAAAGAUGUCAGCUAAAUGACGACUGCGUCAGCGGAAACUGUUUCAAUGGCAUCUGUCGUCCACCGGGCACCGGCGGAGGGGGUGAUAAACGUCCCGGCCGACCCUGCGUGAGUAACUCGGAGUGUCGCUCAGGACGCUGUGUGGCUGGAGCCUGUGGGAUCCCUCUGCUGGACAUCGGAGAAGACUGUUCGACCGCCGAGGCAACUCCUGCGAAUGAGCUGUGCCGCAGUAACCGGUGUGAUGCGAGCACGAUGCUGUGUGCUAGGGGAGUCCUGGAGACGGGCGCUGUCUGCACGGAUGAACAGCAGUGCGCGGGCACGUGUCCGCCGCUGGAGGGGCUAUGUGUCGGAGACCUCAUACCGCAGAACUGA